CGUCAUUCGCAGCUGAGGCUCUGAAAUCCUGGAGGACACUGCAUCUUCCUCAGGGACACAGGCAAGGGGGAGCUGGAGCCUUUGGGGAGCUCUGAAAGGAAUUGUGGUUGGUGGCUGCCUGAGGAACUUACCUUCACACCAAUGUUGCUCUGAAACGAGUUGUGUCCAAAAUUCAGGUUUGGUAAGAUGCCUCAGGAACAGUACGCGCACCGGACCACCAUGCAGACCUCGGAAGGACCCCAGGUAUACAAAGUGGGGAUUUAUGGCUGGAGGAAGAGAUGCCUCUAUUUCUUUGUGCUGCUCCUAAUGAUUUUAAUCCUGGUGAACCUUGCUAUGACCAUCUGGAUUCUGAAGGUUAUGAACUUCACAAUUGAUGGAAUGGGGAACCUAAGAAUCACGGAAAAGGGUCUAAAGCUUGAAGGAGAUUCAGAAUUCCUGAAACCUCUCUACGCCAAAGAAAUCCGGUCAAGACCAGGCAACCCACUGUACUUCCAGUCUGCCAGAAAUGUGACAGUGAACAUCCUCAAUGAGAAGACUAAAGUCCUUACUCGCCUUGUAACAGGUCCCCAAGCAGUGGAAGCACACAGCCAAAAAUUUGAGGUGAAAACCCUCUCUGGAAAAUUGCUGUUUUCUGCAGAUGACAAUGAAGUGGUGGUUGGAGCAGAGAGAUUGAGAGUUUUAGGAGCAGAAGGCACAGUGUUCCCUAAAUCUAUAGAAACUCCCAAUGUCAGGGCAGACCCCUUCAAGGAACUAAGGCUGGAGUCGCCUACACGCGCGCUGGUGAUGGAGGCUCCAAAGGGCAUCGAGAUCAACGCCGAGGCCGGCAGCUUGAAAGCCACAUGCAGGACAGAGCUCAGGCUGGAAUCCAAAGAUGGAGAGAUAAUGUUGAACUCUGCAAAAAUCAAACUACCUAACUUGCCUCAAGGAUCUUCCUCUUCUGCAGGGUCCAGGCAAAAAAUCUACGAGCUCUGUGUGUGUCCCAACGGGAGGUUAUUUCUGUCUCAGGCAGGCACUAGCUCGACCUGCCAGAUAAAUACGAGCGUCUGCCUUUGAGAGACAAUUUGCAGUGGGGCAUCGCAGGCAGCACAAAAGCCAGUUCUGGUCUCACAGAUUGCAGCUGCCAACUAUUUUUACUAGAACACAGAAAGCCUAUCAAAGACUUUUUUUGUGUGUGCGCGCGCGUGUGUGUGAAUAUAUAUAUAAAAAUAUAUAU